AUGGGUGGGCGGAACAAGCUUCAAGACCUUUUCCGCGAGUUACCAAAAAUGUUUACAUGGUCUUAUUUGAAAGACUUAAUCAUCAAUCCUAAGCGAUUACCAUUCGUCAGUCUACUUAUCAUCAUAGCUGAACUUAUCAUUAACUUGUUGGUGGUGGAACGUGUCCCAUAUACUGAAAUCGAUUGGAAGGCUUACAUGCAGGAAUGUGAGGGAUUCUUAAAUGGUACCUUCGACUACAGUCAGCUACGGGGUGAUACUGGACCUCUAGUGUACCCUGCAGGAUUCGUGUACAUUUAUUCUUUCUUCUACUUCCUAACAAGUCGAGGUGAAAAUAUUAAAUUAGCACAGUACAUAUUUAUUAUUGAUGCUAAAAAUCUAGAAAAUAAAAGGAAGUAUAAACUUAAGAAAGACAUGAAACAUAAAUUGAAUAAGAAGGGUGAAGAAGAAGAGACUCUAACAAGAGAACAGGAGGAUUUCUUGAACUCAUUUGAAACUAUGUUGCAAAAAUCUUCUGAUAAAAUUAGGUUCCUCAUCUUAGCUCUCAUAGAAAUGUGUUGGAAUACAUACCCUAGUACUGAGGUAUCAAGUGCUUUACUGCAUGCUUGUCAUAUAUGUGUUCUUUUUGGAGUAUACAGAAAAUUAUCAGCUGAAUUAAAGAUUGUUACUAAAAUAGAAUAA